UGGCUUCCUCCUCUACAAGACACUGCUUGGCCAUUCCAUUUGCCACAGUGAAACACAAAGAUGAUUAAAAACAAUAAUUUGUUCUCUCCUUAAUUUCUCAUGGAGAGAAACUCUAUGGCAAUGGUAAGGAAGAAGCAACUGGUAGUGUAGACUCUGUUUAAAGCUUUUCUUUUCUUCAUAAAAUCUUGUAAUCAUGAGUGUCCAUGUUUCAAGCGACCAGAUCUUAGAAGCAAGCCUGAUACAUCACGAGGCAACUGAAUCAUCAUCAUCAUCAUCGGUACCUCAAACUAAGAACUAUAAAAGAUGGUUCCGACUCUCCAUCUAUGUGUUCUUUGUUCUCUUCUGCCAACCACUUGCUACAAUUCUUGGUAGACUGUACUAUGAAAAUGGUGGGGAAAGCACAUAUGUGGUAACACUUCUCUCACUCAUUGGCUUCCCGGUUUUGAUUCUCUUCAGCUUCUUCUCACAAACCAGGCAACCCAAGUCAACAGAUACAAACUUCAACCAGCCCCCUUCCUUCAUAACCCUUGCAUCAGCUUACAUGUGCACCGGACUUCUAAUAUCUGCUAAUGUUUAUCUGUAUGCAAUUGGUUUACUCUACUUGCCUGUUUCCACUUACUCCCUCAUCUCUGCCUCACAGUUGGCCUUCACUGCCCUUUUCUCCUACUUCCUUAACUCCCAGAAGUUCACUCCUUUCAUAGUCAACUCUUUGCUUCUCCUUACCGUUUCCUCUGCCCUCCUCGUUGUCAACACCGAGUCUCAAGCCACAACACAUGUCUCUAGAGUACAAUAUGUCAUCGGACUCGUAUGCACCAUCGGUGCUUCUGCUGGUACUGGACUACUGCUAUCUUUGAUACAACUGCUCUUUAAAAAGGUCUUCAAGAAGCACACAUCCUCAGUAGUCAUGUCCAUGACUAUCUACCAGUCUCUAGUUGCAAGCUGUGCUGUUCUCAUUGGACUUUUCGCGAGUGGAGAGUGGAAAACUCUGCCUAGUGAGAUGAGAAACUACAAACUUGGGCAAGUGUGGUAUGUUGUGACUUUGUCCUCAGCAGCUGUUUCUUGGCAAGUCUACACCGUUGGUCUUGUGGGAUUGAUCUUCGAGUCAUCUUCUGUGUUCUCGAAUUCCGUAACUGCUGUUGGAUUGCCUAUCGUUCCAGUCGUGGCUGUGAUAGUUUUCAAUGAUAAAUUGGAUGCAAUGAAGAUCUUCUCCAUUGUCUUAGCUAUAUGUGGCUUCCUUUCAUUUGUCUAUCAGCACUACCUUGAUGAAAAGAAGUUGAUGACUUGCAACACAAACUACGUCGAGGAUGAUGCACAAAUUUGAUAAAAAAAAUUUCACACAGAUUCAUGUUUAUAUUCCGUAUAUAGUUCGUUUACGUAAUUUUUGUAAUGGUCCUUGCAAAUGGGAUGCAUGUCUCUCUGUACAGCUUGAGCCUGUGUAUCAAAAAUAUCUUAAUGUCUUUUCUUAGAAAGAUAGACCAUCGUUUUAGCUUAACCUCCGCAUUAUCUUAAUGAGAAAAAAACUUCAAGACUA